UUUUGCCUCUGAAAAACGACAAUAACAAUAAGUUUGACCCAGUUGUAUAUUUUGAGAGUUAUACUAUUUUAUGACAGUCGAAAGACAUAUUAACCAUCUUUAUAUUUUAUAUUUAUUCUUAACAAAAUUGUGUUGUGUUCUGUGUUGACUAAUGUGUGAUGGUUUUAUGAACUUUGAACUCAAUUUUUUUACGAACAUUAUAAUAUAUACAAGGGAUAAAGCUAUAUUGCGUAUAAAAAAUGACGACGCAAUGAAUAAUUAUAUCUCAAAGCAGAAUAAUACACACUCUUUUUUGUCUUGCUCAAUAGUCUUUCCGUAAUCGAAACUUAAUUCAUAUUUAAUAUUCUCUGUAUAAUUACUUAAUAUGCUGAAUUAGAUUUUUCCCACAUCUUCCAUUUAAGUAGUAAAAAUCAUAGAAAAUACAGUAACAAUUUAUAAAAUGUCUUUGGUGAAGUGUUGUUUCGAUGCAGGUGAAGGUCAUGACUUCUUGGAGACAUUCGUGCAAAAAUGCACCGACCCUGGUUGUUGCUUCGGUUGCUGCUCGGCGCUCCGGCCACGGUAUAAACGUUUGGUGGACAAUAUCUUCCCCGCGUCGCCGCAAGAUGGGCUCGUCAAGUCCAAUAUGGAGAAGCUCACCUUCUACUCGCUCUCCAGUCCCGAGAAGCUGGACAGAAUCGGAGACUAUUUGUUCCAGAAGGCGUCGCGGGACAUAUACAGGAGGAGACAUGGGUUCGUGAUCAUCGCCAUGGAGGCCAUGGACCAGCUGCUGCUGGCGUGCCACUCGCAGACGCUCAACCUGUUCGUGGAGAGCUUCCUGAAGAUGGUGCAGAAACUGCUGGAGUCCACUGACCCGCAGCUGCAGAUCCUCGCCACGCAGAGCUUCGUGCGGUUCGCCAACAUCGAGGAGGACACGCCGUCGUACCACCGGCGCUACGACUUCUUCGUGUCCAAGUUCAGCGCCAUGUGCCACAGCAACCAUGGCGACUCGCUCGCCAGGGACAAGAUCCGUCUCGCCGGCAUCCAGGGCCUGCAGGGCGUGAUCCGCAAGACGGUGUCAGAUGACCUGGUGGAGAACAUCUGGGAGGCGCAACACAUGGACAAGAUCGUGCCAUCGCUGCUCUACAACAUGCAGAGCGCGGGUAAGUACGAGACGGUGUCUUGUCUGGAGCCCGACCCGCGCGACGGCUGCGAAGACCCGCCUCGCCUGGCCGAGGCCUGUCUGCGUGAGCUGGUGGGUCGCGCCGCCUUCGGACACAUCCGCUGUGUACUGCGGCCCGUGCUCACCCACUUCGACCGCCACGAGCUCUGGACUCCGAACGACUUUGCCGUGCACACGUUCAAGAUCAUCAUGUUCUCCAUACAGGCGCAGUACUCGUAUAGCGUGGUGGAGGCGCUUAUGCAGCACUUGGACGCAGGCGGCGCCAGCACUCGGGUGAGGGCCGCGCGAGCCUCCGUGCUUAGCAGCAUCGUGGCCAUCGCCGCCGGGGACAGCGUGGGGCCUUCGGUCUUGGAAAUUAUAAAUAACUUACUGACGAACCUGCGCGCAUCUGUCGCGAGGGAUUCUGAGAAAGAAUCCGACGAGAAGUUGUAUCAAGAGGCGCUGAUAAAUGCGUUGGGUGAAUUCGCGGACCAUCUUCCCGACUUCCAGAAGAUAGACAUCAUGAUGUUCAUCGUGAGCAAGAUCCCGAGCGGGCAACGCGGGAAGGGCACCAAGCCGGACGCCAUGCUGCAGAGCAUACUCCUCAAGUCGCUGCUGAAGGUGGGCACGACUUACAAGAGCACGGAGCUGAGCAAGGCAUUCCCGGCUGCCUUCCUGGAGGCGCUCCUGCGGGCGUGUGGCUCGGGAGGCCCGCCGGCUCGCGCGCUUGCCCAGCGCAUCCUCCACACGCUGUUGGAUCGUCGGGGGAACGCCGUGCGCCUGCUGCAGCCCACAGUGGAGUACGACACGCUGGGGCUGGUGGUGGAGAAGUGUUCCCGUCCCGACCUCAUCUUCAUCAGCAAGCACGGGUACGCCAUAUUUAGCUCACUGUACGAAGGUCUCCAGCUGGAGUCGAACACCGCGGAGAACGUGGCGGCCGUGUACACGACUCUAGCGCUGCUAGCCGUCGAACUGGCGGCCGAGGAGACGGUGUGUGACCUGCUGCAGCUGAUACUGGCUAUUCAACAGUCAGCGAUAUCGAAUCCCGUGCUGUCCACGGCGCAACAGUGCCAGCUGCACGCCAUCAGCAUCGCGCUGGCCGCGUUGGUGCCGCAAGUGCUGCAUCUGCCGCCGCUGGCGCGCUACAUUAGCCAGAUCGUGGAGGCUCGGCGCGAGGAGGCUCCACACAUGCUCCCUCCGCUGCGGGAGCAAUACGAUCGCGUCGCGGCGCCCGCCACCCUGCCCUAUCUGAUGAUCGAUCAGAUGGCGGUAAGCGAGUGCUUGAAGAGUGCGGGCGUGGAAGCGAGCCGGCUUGCGUCCCCUGCGCUGUACACGGCGCCGCAUGUGGCCACGCCCCUCGAGCAUCGACACAGCUGGCUGGAGGCGGGCGCGGCGGCAGGGCGCGACAGUCUGGCCGACAUCUCGUGCGCCGCGCUCACCGAGUUGGACAGCGCCAACAGUUCCCCCGGCGUGCAGCGGGCGGCGGCGCAAUACGACGCGCUAGACGAGGAGUACCGCCAGUUCAUCGAGAAGUACAACGGGGACCAUCGCCCGCACUCUCCGCGCUUUGGCACCUACCACCCGAUGCAGAACGAGAAUGUAAGCCUUGAGGCGCUGCGGCGCGCGGCCGGAGGCGCCAGCGACGCCGAACGGCGGGACGCAGAGCGGCGCCGCGCCUCGCUCAACAAUGCAUUCCGCACCGCGCCCUUCCACCACCUGCUGCACAUCACGCAGCCCAAGUACGAGAUCCAGGAGAAGCUGGAAGAGAUCUUCAAGUCUAUAUCGGAGGAGCCCCUGCUGCCGCCCUCGCCGCCCGCGCCCCCCGCCGCCAAGCCCGCGCCUCACCCCGCGCACCCCGCACACCUGCACGACAUCUUCCUCUACUGAUCGUCUGGACCGACAGCUCGGCUUGCUGCUGUGUGUUCAGGCCGGACGCUCUUCGACUACUACGUAAGACAGUGUCGGUGAUUGCGUCCUAUCGUAUGUGUAUCCUAUCAUAUCACCCGAUUAUAGAUUCACCAACUUUAAACUCAUCAUCAAGGCAACUCCGGUUAUGAUCACCCUUCGCGUCGCCCUGCAUCUCGCGCGUGUCACUCUUAUCCAUGGUUUAUUUUAAUAGGCGGUCGAUUUUCGAGGUAUCUUGCUUUAAUAACUACAACGAUGAUAGAACUUUGAAAGAACGCCUACCGUAUUUAUUAAACAGCUUGCCUCAGGACAUCCGGACAAUCCGGUUGAGUCGAAGGGAGAGGCGUUUGCGGUGAGUUUGGACAGCGCGAAGGCCUUCGAUCGGGUGUGACAUAAAGCGCUUAUAGCGAAACUGCCAUCCUAUUGGGUUUCCCGAGAAGUUGUGCAAAUGGGUCGCUAGCUUUUUGGCCGAACGGAGCAACAAGGUUGUUAUCAACGGUGCAUGCUCCGACUUAAAACCCAUAAACGAUGGUGUCCCGCAAGGCUGUGUGCUAUCCCCUACACUGUUCCUUCUGCAUAUCAAUGAAAUGUUUUCAAAUCAGCAGUAUUCAUUGCUAUGCAGACGACAGCACAGGGUAUGCUUCCUACACCGGCCGUGCCAUCAUGUCCCGGCAAAGCGUCGAUGAGAACCGGAACAAACUUCUGUCCGAAAUCGAGACUAUGCUUUGCUAAGUCUCGGAAUGGGGCUGACAAAAUUUAGUCCAAUUCAACAUCAAGAAGACACAAGUUUGUGCGUUCACCACUAAAAAGUCUCUCUUUGUCGUAUCCCCUCGAUUCGAGAUUACUCCUCUAACUGCCACAGCCUGUAUUGGCAUACUUGGCGUCGAUAUAUCGAGUACAGUUCCGUGGUCACUUGGAAGAGAAGGCAAAAUUGGCCUCUAAAAAGC